AUGAAGAUCUUGGUAAUGGUCACGGUGAUCGCGGUGGGCGCCCACGCUGCUCCGCAAGGUUACAAUUUGCAGACACCCUCGGGUUCAGGAUUUUCGGCUGGCCAAGGAGUCUCGGAAGCUUCACGUUUCUCAAGCGGCUCAAGUUUCGUCACAGGCAGCUCUGGCUUCUCUGGGGGCAGCUGUGGUUCCGGACAGGUUCGUCAUGUGGACGGCAGCUGUGUAACUCCUCAGGUCACCCGAAACUUGUUUGUGUACAACGUGCCUCACGCUCCUCCCAUCAUUGGCCCACGACCAAAUGUUCCUCUACCAAGAGUUGAGCAAAACAUUGUGUUUAUUCGCACCCCAGAGAACGGCCCAGGCCAGGAGCCUAUUGUUGUCCCACCACCACAACAGAAAAACGUCGUGUACGUCCUCAACAGGAGACCAGAACACGACCAGAAGGUCAUCCACGUACCUGCACCAGAGCAAGAGAGCCCUCAAGUAUUCUUCGUCAACUAUGGUGAGGGAGAAAACCCGACUCUGCCCACCGGUGAAGAUCUCCAGUCUGCCCUCCGCUCUGCUUCCCAGGGUGGAGGUAAUGUAAUCGGCAGCGUUGAUGGCAGUACAGGUGGACAAGACAGCUUUUUGAGUGGCGAUGUCAGCAGUAGUGUGGAUGGUAGUUUUUCAUCAGCCACUGCUUCUUCGCUGUCUACACCGUCACCGUUGUAUUCUCAGCCAUAAAGCUGCAUUUUUUCAUUAUAUAAUUAACAGUAAUGGUUAUAGAUCUGUCGCACCCUGUAGCUGAAAUCCCCAGAUAUACACGUAUUUGUUUUUCCUAAGAACGCUCUUACACAUUCAUUAUUUAUGAACUUAAAAAUUUAUUGUUUGAUCAUGAUUUCAAAAAAAUUAAUGAUAGCAUGUAUUUAAAUUAUAUUUACCUUCUCUCCUUACACCUGGUGUCGCUGUUUACCUCAACGAUAUCUGAAAACUAUAAAUAUCGCGAACACAGUCAUUCGUAAGACAUCUUUGCUCGGUACUUUAUAAUUUAAAAAAUCUAUAAUACAUAUAACAAAGAAAGCGAUGUCAAUAACGAUCUCAA